AUGUAUUAUUAUUUUUUUGUUUUUUUUGCAAUAUAUGCUAAUGGAUUGCUAAGAAAUAAAGAUCCUAACAUUUUUGCGAGUAGCAAUGAUGAGAUCAUAGAAAAUGAUAAAAGUAUGAAUACCUUUGUUAUGUCAACAAAUGGAAGUUUAUAUUUAAAUAGUGAUUUUAAUUUAAAUGAAGCAUCCAACGAAAGCUUCUUAGAAAAUUGCAAUAUCAAUAGUUGUGUAGAUAUAGGUCAUGAAAAUGGCAACAAAAUAAAUAGUCAAGAAAAUGAGCAUGCUAAAAAUAAUAACAACAGUAAUAAUAACAAUUUAAAACCAGAAUACAAUAAUAAUAAUAAUAAUUUAAAACCAGAAUACAAUAAUAAUAAUUUAAAACCAGAGUACAAUAAUAACAAUUUAAAACCAGAAUACAAUAAUAACAAUUUAAAACCAGAAUACAAUAAUAACAAUUUAAAACCAGAAUACAAUAAUGGAAUAAACAAUAAUAUCUUUAAAGUAGAAAAAAAUGAAAAAUUAAAAAAAAAAACAGAGGGUGCAAUAGAUUUAAUGCAUACACAAAGGGAAACACUACCAACUGCGGAAAAAGACGAAAUAAAAAAUAACAAAAAUCACAAAAAAAAUAAAGGCGCUGAUGAAAUGGAUAAUGAAAUGGAUAAUGAAAUGGAUAAUGAAAAUUUAGAUAGUUCUGUCGAAGAUGGAUAUAACGAUAGUGAGGAUGAAGAAACUGAUUUGGAAUCUGACGAAGAUAAGGAAGACGAUGAAAAUGAAAAUAAAAAUGAAAAUAAAAAUCAAAACGAAAAUCAAAACGAAAAUCAAAACGAAAAUCAAAACGAAAAUGAAAAUAAAAAUGAAAAUAAAAAUCAAAAUGAAGAAUCUUAUAUAAAAACUAUAACAGAUAAUAACAAAGAAACAGAGAUAAAUUCCGAUAAUAAUACAAAAGAAGAAAAACAUAUCCUUGGAUCAGAUCCAGAAAAUAUGAAGGUGUCAGAUGCUGGGAGUAAUCCCCAAAUUUCCAAGUCUCAAAUUCAUACUGAAAAAGAUAACAUCAAAAUUAAAAAUGAAAGAAGUGAAAUUGGUAAUAAGAAUAAUAUUGAAUUGGGCAUUACAAAUGAUAAUAAAAUGGGCAAUGCGAGGGUUAGAGAAGUGGGUAAUAGGAUUAGUAAUGAAUUGGGUAAUUCAAAUAAUAAAGAAAUUUCUUAUGAAACACAAACUAUUCAAAAUGCUAAGAAAUAUCCUGGAAAAAGCGAAUGGGGUAAAAUAUUAGGCGAUAAAAAUGAUGAGAUCAUAACUAGCCAUGUUGAUAAAAAAAAAAAAAAAAAAAGAGAAAAUGAUGUUGCUGAAAUAGACCAAGAAAAUGAUGAAGAAGAUGAAGAAGAUGAAGAAGAUGAAGAAGGUGAAGGAGAUGAAGAUAAACUUAUAAUUGGAGAUAAUAUCGAAAAUAUAAAAAUAGAUCAUAAAAAUAAAAGUUCAUUUUCAAAGGAAAUAGAAAAUAUAAAUGAACCUACAAAAGAUGAAGAAUAUACAAAUGUAAGUCAAAAGACAAUUUUAAACGAAGAUAACAAAAGUCAUAAUGAACAGAAUUCUAAUUGUUCUAAAAGAUCUGAGAAAGUAGAAAAUAGCAUUUUGGAAACGAAGACUAUAAAUCAGGAUAUUCAUGAAAUUAAAGAAAGGAAAGAAAAUACGAAAUCAUCUUUAAAUAUUUCAGAAAAUAAUGAUCCAAAACCAGAACAAAAUUACGAAUCAAACAUGUUUACUAUCGACAAAAAAAUGCACAAUAAGUUGAAGAAUAUAGAUGUAAUACUUCGUGGAUUAAAUGAUAAAUUAAACCAUCAUAAGGAUUUAAAAAAUCGCGAACUAAAAUUAAAAUUUGAAGCCAUGGGACAAAUACAAAAAUAUAAAAUAUACAAUGAAGUUAUCCAAAAAGCGAUAGAAACUUUAACUCAGCGUUUAGUAAAAAUUAAUGAUGAUUUAAAUAAAUUAAAAGAAGCUUCAUCUAUUUCCCUUCAAAAAUAUAUGAAUGAAACAGGAUAUGGAUUGGAGCUAUUAAAUUUUCAAAAAUCUGAGUUACCAUCAAACAAAUAA